AUGCCAACGCAGCUUGAGGGGCAUCAAAAGGUUGUGAGUGGGAUUGCAUUGCCAUCCGGGUCCAAUAAGCUUUACAGUGGCAGUAAAAAUGAGACUGUAAUGAUUUGUGAUUGCCAGUUUGGGCAGUGUAUGGGGGUGAUUAAUCUGGGUGGUGAAGUGGGUUGUAUGAUCCGUGAAUCUCCUUGGGUCUUCGUUGGAAUGUCCAAAUUUGUCAAGGCAUGGAACACCGAAACAAACAUUGAGUUGAGUCUUAGUGGGCCUAUAGGAGAAGUUUAUGCGAUGGUUGUGGGCAACGAUUUGCUUUUUGCUAGUACGCAUGAUGGGUCUAUAUUGGCAUGGAAGUUUAAUACAGCUACCAACUGUUUUGACCCAGCUGCAUCACUUAAAGGUCAUACCCUUGGAGUUGUUUCAUUAGUAGUUGGAGCUAAUAGGCUCUAUUCUGGGUCAAUGGACUGUACUAUAAGAGUCUGGAACCUUGAAACUUUCCACUAUAUACAGACACUUGAAGAACAACUGAAGUUGUGA